AUGGGGUACAUUCAGUUCGACAAGGUCGACGUGCCCGAGGAUAACGUGGUGUCGCUGGGCCUGCUGAGCAGACAGCUGCAGAAGCAGCAGCUGGGCCAGCUCGGGGAGCUGGCCGGGCUGGGCGACGAGUACGCGAGCGAGUACGCGAGCGGGUUCGGGCGUGAGUACGGGGGCGAGUACAGCGGCGAGUACGGACACGAGUACCGCGGCGAGUACGCGCGCAAGUCCGUUCACACGACGCUGUCGGCAACGUCCGCGUCCAUCGCGCAGACGUGGCACGCGCUGCUGGGCUUCGACCAUUACGACAGCGCCAGCGACGGCAAGCCGUCGCUGGACGAGGAGACGUGCGGCGUGCGCUUUGACACGGUGCCGGCCGCGAUAGCGGCGGCGUCGAUGGCGUCGUCGUCUUCGUCGUCGUGCACGGAGCGCUCCGCGCUCGUGCCCGCGAGCCCCGCCAGCUCCACCGAGUGCGGCAGCGCCGGGGCCAAGCCCGCGGCGCUGUCCGGCGCCGCAAUGCAGCAGCCCUUCCAGUGCGCGUUCUGCCCUUCCAGCUUCAAGGUCAAGGGCUAUCUGACGCGGCACAUGAAAAAACACCUCGUGACCAAAGACUUCCAGUGUCCCUUCUGGUCUGAGGACUGCCGGUGCCACGCGUCAGGCGAGUUCUCGCGCAAGGACACGUACAAGACGCACCUCAAGUCUGUGCACUUCGUGUACCCCGUGGGCGUAGCCAAGUCGCAGCGCGGCCAGUCCAAGGGCCGGUGCGCGGCCUGCUACCAUGAGUUCGCCAGCAACGCGGAGUGGCUGCUGCGGCACGUGGAGACGCGCCAGUGCGAGGCGCUGGUGAAGCUCAAGCACGAGGGUGCGGCGCGCGCGCAGGACUUCGGGCGCUGA